AUGACUCUUUGCCGAUAUGGAAGUCAAUAUUGCUAUAAAGUAAGCGACGAACACCAUAGAAAAUACAGUCAUACUGGACGCAAACAUCAAUCUACAUGCCGCCUAUUCCACGGCACAAAAUAUGAAAACGCCGAGUCCAUUCUACAGAAUGGUCUGCGUGAAUCACCUGACGGAAGAUUAGGUAAAGGUGUUUACCUCACCACUAAGAAGUGGGCACAUAGAAUUGCUGCUCAUCGAGGAAACGGCAUAAAUCUGUGCGUUAUUGAGCUCGAAGUAAAACUUGGUAAUGUGAAGGUUCUGCACGGACAACAAGAGGAUCGAAAUGGAACAUGGUCUCGCCAUGACCAUUGUGAUUCUUGCCGUACAACGCAUCCGGCAUGGCCAGGACUCAAACCAGAAAAACCUUUCAAAGAGAUAGGCAAUUUCACAGCCAAUGGAACAAUCCAACACUGUAAUCAAGUGUUGGCUAUCGGUAAUGGCAUGCAAGCGUUGGCCACGAGUAUGGCCGGAUUAGGUCAAGCAUUUGCCACAGCAUCUGCCGUCACCCUUUGA